AUGGAGUGCGUUUUUGGCAUGUGGGUGCCACCUUUCGUAGGAAGUUGCACCAGCAGUCCGUCAUAUUCGUGUCCAACACCGCUCAUCCCUGAUGGUGCCCGGCUGACGAGACUAGGACCAUUCGCAAUGGGAGAUGAAAUUGGACUGUUAUGCGAUGGUGGCGGACAUGUGAUUGGACCUUCAUCUCUAUCAUGCGUCUUCGGGGAGUGGGCGCCGCCGUUUUUCGGGACCUGUUCAAACGGAAGACAAUACUCUUGUGAAGUUCCUGUGCCUCCGGAAGGUAUUGGGUUGAGUGCUCAGGGUGUGUUACCCAGUGGUAGCUCCGUGACGGCUACUUGCACUGACGAUAUGAAGGUUCUCCUAGGAAAAGUCGUCUACGACAGCGGUUACGGUCAAGUAAUCGUGAGGUAUCCAGAUGGACCAGUGAUAAAGGAUUUGGGCAACAAUCAAUUGCUCAUCGAAGCUUUCAAAGGUGGCUAUGGCAUCCAGGACGUGAAAGGAUAUCGUGGGAUCACAGGUACUGCAUACUGA